AUGCCACUUAUUACAUUUUCCGGUCUUCCAAGUUCUGGGAAGACUACUUGGGCAAAGAAAUUGGAGAAACUUUUACAGGAGAAGAUUGAAGAAGCUAAAGAAACAAAGUCUCCAGGUUAUAAUUAUUCAAUAGUAUAUCAUUCUGAUGAAACAUUAGGUAUUCCCCACGAUACUUAUAAAGAUUCAAAUCUUGAGAAACAUGCCAGAGGAAGUCAGAUGUCUGCGGUUAAAAGAGACUUGUCUCGUUCGAAGUUCGUUAUUUUAGAUUCAUUAUCGUAUAUUAAAGGUUUUAGAUAUCAAUUAUUUUGUGAAGCCAAAGGAGUUGUGACACCCCAUUGUGUGGUUCAUGUAAUGAAUCCGGUUGAAAAAUGUGUCGAAUGGAAUAAACCCACCAACGCAUGGGAUGAAGAACUUAUAAAUCAAUUGGCCAUGAGAUAUGAAGAACCAAAUAAUGAUACUAGAUGGGAUUCACCAUUAUUCACUGUUGUUUCUGACUACGAACAAGAAUCAUUACCAAUAAAUGAGAUUUGGAAUGCUCUUGUAUUGAAAAGGGCCCCUCCACCUAACGCAGCAACGUUAGUCAAACCUACAUCCGGUAAUAAUUACCUUCAAGAACUCGAUAAACAAACACAAUCGGUUGUUAGUAAAAUAGUGCAACAUCAACAACUUACUUCAAUAGGUGGACAAGUUCUAAUUGAUAAAGAUGAGAAAUUAUUUGUUGAAAUGCCUCUGACUUCCGUGAGUAUUGCUCAAUUGCAAAGAAUAAGAAGAACUUUUAUAAGUUUAAAUAGAAUGAGAAGUGUGGAUGUUGAUAGAAUUUUACCUAUAUUUGUGGAAUAUCUUAAUAGAAGUUUAAAUAAUGAUGAAUGA